AAAAUGAAUAAUAUUGAAUUCAGAAGCAUAUAAACUAAAAGAUAAAAGAAUAAAUGGACUAUUGAAGAAGAUGAUCUAUUAAGUUCAUCUAUUCAAAAAUAUGGUACAAACUGGUGUUAAGUUGCUUAAAAUUUUCCAGAUAGAAAUCCAAACUCUUGUAUUCAAAGAUGGAAAAUAUUGAAAUGCAAAAAUGUAAGAAAUAUAUUUAAUCACUAGAAAAUAAAAAAGAAGAAAUGGAAUUAAAAAGAAGAUAAACUUCUUUCAAAAUUAGUAAUACUCUAUGGAAAAAAAUGGAAAAAAAUUUCAAAAUACAUAACAGGUAAAACCGAUAAGCAGUGUUUGUAGAGAUACAAUAGUACCCUAAACCCAAAUAUCAAUAAAUAGCUUUUCACAGAGGAAGAGGAUUAGAUAAUAUACUCAAAUUACAUAAUUUUAGGUUCAAAAUGGUCUAUAAUAUCAUAGAAAUUAAACAAAAGAACUGUAAAUUUAUAUCAUAUUUAGUUCAGCCAAAUUAAGUAAAAAAUAGAUUCUAUUCUCAUAUUAUUUCCUCUUAUUUGCAUCUAUAAAACCCAUAUUAUACAAAAUUAUCAUCUUAAUAAGCUAAGAAUGUUUUAUUAUAAGUCGCUUCUGAACACAAAUAAAAAUUGCUUUUAGAUAAUUAAAAUUUAAAUACUUCAGUAUUAGACAAAAGUCAAUUAAGAAACACUUUUGAUUUGAUUGAGUCUUGCCAAGUAGAAUUUGGAGAUGAUUAUUCUAAUUAUCACAGACUUGGAUGAUGAACC